AUACAAAAAAAAAAAAAAAAAUUAUAAAAAAAAAAUAAAUAAAGAAAUAAAGAAAAACGAAAAGCAGCACCAAUAAAAUACCAUCAUUCUUUCACUCUUGUACACCUCGAGCCCCAGGACCAAAAAACACACUGAAGAAUAGAGCUCUUAAAACACACACAACACAGAGACGCUCAGAGGGAUUUCCCGCCUCAAAAACCAGUUAAAAAGUUCUGAUCUUUUGAAUCCCUUUUGCUCAAGCUCUUAACCCCAAGAAACCCUGAAAAAAGCCCACGUUUUUUGCAGUGUUUUGAAAUGGAGAAAGUUCUUGUGUUGGUUGUUAACUGCGAGCUUAAGGCUUGUGGGAUAGUGUAAAGUGGUCAGAGUUUUUUUUUUUUCUUCGAGGAAUAUUAAUAAGAACAACUCUUCUUUUUCCAGUCUUCAUUUUCUUUCCAUUUUCUGUUCCUUUUUUUUUUCAACCCUCCUUCAUUUUUUCUCUCUCAAAAUGGAUUGCAAGAACAUGUUAGCUGGAAAUUUGGAUCCAGAAAGAAAAAGGAGUGGUGGUCUGAGAACAAAACAGGCGGGGCGUGGGUCUUGCAGAGGGAGUUAGGCUAAGGCGUGUGUUGUUUUAGUUUUUAUUUACUUUGAGGAAAAAAAACUAAUUUUUGAAGAGAAGGGCAAAGAGUAAAUGUUGUUCUGUCUUGGAGAGAAAUAAAUCAAAUCACUUGGUCCUCUUUGUCUGUCUCACUUCUGGAUUGGAUCCCUUUUGGUGAAUCUUGAUUUAAGAAUACUCGUAAAUAUAUUUUACUCUUCUUUUUGGGGCAUUAUAAUUUUUUUCUGCAAUGGGGUACUUGUUGAAAGAAGCUCUGAAGACUCUCUGUGGGGUUAAUCAGUGGUCUUAUGCUGUUUUCUGGAAGAUUGGCUGCCAAAACCCCAAGCUUUUAAUAUGGGAAGAUUGUUACUAUGAAACUGCAUCAUGUUCACGGCUAGCUGGAAAUCUAAAUCCAGAGAACGCGUUUCAUAACUUAAGUACUUCUUGGGUUUCAACCGAAUCUUGUGAUUUACAGUCCAGCAUUCAGACAGCGGACAAGGUUCAUUUUCUUGUAAACAAGAUGAUGAUGGACAAUCAAGUUAAUAUUGUCGGAGAAGGGUUAGUUGGAAGAGUUGCAUUUACUGGAAACCAUCAGUGGGUCCUAGCUGAGAACUAUUUUAGAGAAGCUCAGCCACCAGAGGUUCAAAAGGAGGUGUGCCUACAAUUUGCAGCUGGUAUGCAGACAGUUGCUGUCAUUCCUGUUCUUCCCCAUGGUGUUGUUCAAUUUGGUUCAUCCUUGACCAUAAUAGAGAAUAUGGGAUUCGUAAAUGACGUGACAUCACUACUACUUCAACUCGGAUAUCUUAACGAACUACCUAAAGAACACACUCCGAAUACGGUCAUCAGCCCACCUUGCUCGUUCGACACUUUCAACUAUAUUUCAAACUCGGCCGAGCCUUCUAUGAUUGACUGCCAAACAAAUUUGGUGGCAACAAAGGCUGAAGUUUUCCCCUCCAACUCAGAAAUGUGGUCUUCUCUAAGCUUACCUUCAAAUAUGUCCUCUGCUCUUUUGAUGCCCUCACAAAGAACGAAUCUCAGCUCGAUGUAUUUUUCCGAUGAAGGAAACAUUUAUUCAAAGAACCCGUCUUCUAGUGCGCUUAAAAAUGUAAUCUUUGACGAGAAGCUUAAGAAAAACGAGUCGAGUAGUGCGGUUAAGACAGAGUUAGAACACAAUGCAGUUCAGGCUUUUAAUAUUGGCAGUUUUGUGGAGGACGGCAAUCAGAAACAGAAUUCGGGAGAUGACUUGUUCGACGUUUUGGGAGCUGACUUCAAGAAUAAAUUAUUCAAUAUUAAUAAUAACGAGUUUAGCAAUAAUUUUCCAUCUGUUACUAAUAGCCGAGGAAAUUUGGAAAGUGGGAUUUUCUCCUCGACUAGUUCUACUGACCAUCUUCUAGAGGCUGUGGUUUCUAAAAUUCCUAAAAUUCUCCACCCAGCCAAACGCGGUCUUGAUGACAGCAUUUCUUGCUCGACCAAUUUCACGAACAUUAGUAGCUCAUCCGAACCAAAUUCUUGUUCGCUACCUUAUGGCCGGUUUGGGGUGCCGAAAUUCAUGGUCAAAGCAGGGUCAAUGAGUUCUGGCUCGUUUGGGGUGGGGCCCACAAAGGAAGAGUCAGGGACUUAUUCUCAGGGGAGCUCGAUUUUUGGGUCACAGUUGAGUUCGUGGAUUUCGAGGGAUGUGAAGGGGAAACAGGCUAGCAGCUUGUCCACUGGAUAUUCGAAGAAAAUAGACGAGGGGAGUGGAAAAACAGGUCGAAAGAGGCUAAAACCGGGAGAAAAUCCGAGGCCAAGGCCAAAAGAUCGGCAGAUGAUUCAAGAUCGUGUUAAGGAAUUAAGGGAGAUUGUACCAAAUGGAGCAAAGUGUAGCAUUGAUUCUCUACUCGAACGUACUAUCAAACAUAUGCUUUUCUUGCAAAGCGUGACGAAGCAUGCGGACAAGCUGAAACAAACUGGAGAGUCUAAGAUUAUCAGCAAAGAUGGUGGUUUACUCUUGAAAGAGAAUUUUGAAGGUGGAGCUACGUGGGCCUACGAAGUGGGCUCACAGUCAAUGGUCUGUCCAAUCAUAGUCGAGGAUUUAAAUCAGCCACGUCAAAUGCUCGUUGAGAUGCUCUGUGAAGAAAGGGGUUUGUUUUUAGAAAUAGCAGACAUAAUUAGAGGACUUGGGUUAACCAUAUUAAAGGGAGUCAUGGAGACUCGAAAGGACAAGAUUUGGGGGCGCUUUGCUGUCGAGGCGAAUCGUGACGUUACAAGAAUGGAAAUAUUCAUCUCGCUAGUUCGCCUCUUGGAGCAAACUGCAAAAAAAGAUUCAGAAAAAACCCGAAAAAUGUCAGAACAAUUUCAACAAGUCGCUCCAAUUCCUGUUACAACUCAAAGUUUCCAGUGAGUCUUGUUUGGACGUGUUGAGAGCGGGCAAAAUCGGAAAAAGCUUGCCAUGACUAACGCGUCUAACCGGAAAAAAAAAAGUCAGCAGCCGGUCAACCAUUGACUUUGUUGUGUUUGCUUAUUUCUUAGGUUUGCUGCAGUGACUUUGUGCUCUGAGAAUGUAGCAUGUAUUUGCUUUCUUAUUUACUUGUUUGCUUUUGGGUCAAUAGUAGUUUUUAUGUUUAUUAGUUGUUGGGUAUUUAUAAAUGGGGUUUCGUGUCUGUUUAGUGGUGGUUUUAAGGUUGUGUAAUGAGUGUAUAGUGUGAGUGUUGGUGGCAAUUUGUGGUUUUAUUGUAAUGUUUGUUGUGUCAUGUUGUGUUUUCAAGAGUUUUUGAGUUUUAUGUUAUUUGGCU